AUGAUUGAACUCUUUGGCAGUGUGACAGACCAGAGUGGCUUGAAGAAGGAACUUUUGGAGCAUGCACAAGGCAGAGCUACAAUGCGGCUCCAUCAAGAUGCACCCCAUCUGGGCGCAGUGAGGUCGGAUGAUUUCCAGGAGAAGACCUGCUGCAAAUUUGCGGAGUGUCUUUGUGGCGAGAACGUUACAGCUGCCAGGUUUCAUGCCAACUUCAUCGCUUUGUUUCGUCCCUUCUUACGCACAAGACUGAUUGCCAAGUCUGCUGCUGCCAAAGCCAAAGCCAGCUCACAGCCUGCUGGGAAAAAGUCCAUGAAACCUGUUCCUCGACAGCUCAUGGAGCAGGGCUUCAUGGUGAUCAAGUUCACGAAGAUGCCUCCAGAGAAGUCAACUGUGCGGCCCAGUGCUCGUGUCAACUGGGAGCAAGCGGCUGAAGAGUCUUUGGGUGCUCUUCAGAUUGAGGCUACAAGACGCCCCUUCGAUGAUGCGCCUCCUCAUGUGGAGGAAACCAUUUGGGCACAUGUUGGAUUUGCAAACUACCGAGAUUGGCAUCUCAGCUUGCUCCUUUUGCAGGAAGACAACUCCACAAGUGCUUUCACUGAGUCUGGGGAGCCUUUAACGGUUUUGCAGGUUCCAGAAGCAUCUGUGUUUCUGAAUGACACCGUGGCUUUCAAGCGCUACUUCGAUCUGGCGUCGUCCUGGAAAGCAUCCCUGCAUGUGAUUUAUGUGAAUGACGAGAUGUUGUCAGAGAUGGAAAUGGUCCCUUGUGUCAUCGAGGUUCAUCGCUUGGCAUCUGUGCCAGAAUUGGUGGUGUGGAAGGGUCGUCAGGAAGAAGACCGGCUGCUGGAGCUGCAUCCGCCAAAGAAGAAGAAACGUCACAAGAAACGAACUGGCAAGAAGCUGCCAUCUGAGCGGCCUGCCAAGAAGUCCAGGCUUUCCAUUUGGGGACCUGAACCCAUGGCUAGUGAUGUGGCAGCCCCGCUCCGAGAGCCCGAUGAUGUGGCAGGUGGUUCUGGCUCUGAUGGGCCUUCUGGGGAUGACUCUGAGUCAAGUGGGGCAGAGGCUGAUGGAAAUUCAGACGAUGAAGCGCCUGUGGCACCAUGGAUUCUGCGGCACAUUGAUGUUGUGGAAACCCUUGAAAGCAAGCAGAAGAAGACUGCGCAACGGGUCGCAGGAUUCAAGAAAUGGCUUGGCAAGGGCAAACCAGCUGCAAUGUCUUCAGCCGCUGGCCCAUCAGCUCCAUCGGCAUCCAGCUUAGGAGCUGCUGGUUCAGCGGAUGCUCCUCCACUGGUGCGGGACGCAGGCCUUGACUCUCAAGAUCCUGGGGCUCAUGACACAGGAGCCACCAGGAAGAAGUCCAAGACGGAACAAGUUUGUGUGAUACCAGGCAUCGGCGAGAUACACUACUAUCCUCCGAGCAAGAAUUUCGUUGCAUUCUGUCGCGCCCCUAAUCACUAUGAAUGCCGAAAGUCGCGCACCGCCAAUCCACCGGCGCUCCCUGUCAAACGCAACCGACGCGGGCAGGGACGCCCGAUUGGGCUCUUGGCCGAGUGGCUGUAUCGAGGCAGAGAUUUCUCGAAUAAAGAGGAGCAUGGUGCUGCGGAGGUCGUUUUGGGCUUCACACAUGAGCAGCGGCUGGCAGCCAGGCGGCGGUUUCUUCAGGAAAAAAGACGGCUUCAUGUUGUCUCAGUGCUUGACAGCAUCCACUUCGCCACUUCGCGGGAUCUCGGGCUGUGGAUUUACAUGAUCUUCUUGCGCCGGGACAUCUACGAUGCUUGUGAUGCGCAGAUGCUGAAGACAAUCCUCGGAGUAGAGAUACUGGAGAAGCAGAGUGCUUCCACGCCUGUCAAAGUGGCCGAUCUGCUGAUGCCCCGAGACCAUCCACAGUAUGCAGCGAGCAUUGACUCCUUGGGGAAGGAAUGCGGCACUGCGCGGCCGAAGGCCGGUGAAGCUUCUUCUGAGCUGGCCUCCUGGAAGGUGCAAACUGUGCGCUGGUCCGAGAAUUUGGGAGUUGAUGUGGAGAAGAACCCGGUGUGGACAGAGCGUGCAAGUUUCAAGGGCUUGGGCUUGCCAAAGAGCGACAGGGUCAGGAAUUUGCUGAACCUUGUGUGCUUGCAGAAAUGGCACGACUCCAAGGUCAAUGGGCCCCUGAACGGGGCGUUCGCUUCAGUAUGUUGGGAACGACUGAUGCAAGGAACCUACUUGAAUUGGAGUCAAAAUCCGGAUAGAAGGCAUUUCACAAAGAACGACGGCAACCUCAACUGCUUGUGUGCAUCGAGCCAGAUCUACAGCUAUGACCUCGACCGGGCACUUUUCCCGGUGGAGUAUUUGCGACUGCAGGGAUGGGGCUUCGAGGUGGAGGUUCCAUCGGCUUGCAAGAAGAAAAUCCGCAGCAUGGCAGCCGAUGGCUUUGCCUUGCCGUGUCUCGGAGCCAUCAUAUGGGCGGUCUACCUGCUCCGCGGCCUGCCAUCAGGGCAGGAGCGGGAGUGGGCCAACUUCACCGCCAGGGGUCAGCCCACAGGGCUUUGGUGCAUGGUUCAUGCGAAGGGGGCCAUACAGAUGUUUCCUGCUCACCCUCUCGAGGAAGUCGGGGCUUUGUACCACGAGGAUUCUGAGCGCGGUCGCCGCGUGAAGAAGAUCAUGGAUGAGGCUGUUGAAAACAUGUUGCAGGAUCCGGCCCCAGUGUUUGCACUCCCGGCCACAUUGUCCUCUGUUGCACAGCAAGGCAUUCGCAUGAUCUUCGAACUGGCAUUUCUGUCAGAAGCGGAUGUAACUCGUUUGACCGGCCGGUCACCGAAGUUCUUGAACUUGCAAGUGGUGCAUUUGCAAAGCGAACAGCAUGGCAAUGCUUUGCUGAGUGGUUUCCUCCUCAACAUGAGGGGGCUUCCCAUCGAUGAGAUUUUCUCCGUCAGACGGGUGCAGGUAUACAGGGACACGAGCUUGCAGCUGAGCGAGGACAACUUGCAGCCGGAUAAGAUGAUACACGAAACUCAGCCGGCGGUGUUGCUCGACUACUUGUCAAGCAAGCAGCAGGCCACAUACCCGAAGGAAUUCAUCGGAAGCAAUGUUCGCCACGUGCCGCCGACUCUCGCGCAGCUCGUCGAGCGUGGCAAUGAACGUGAGGCUGCUGGAGUGCAAAUCAUGAGUGUUUGUUAG